CUUCUCGAUCCGUCUCCUCAGCGGGCUCGAAAAGACCAUUCAUAACUUGACUUGACUCGAGUCGGUUCGCACGUUUUCGCUCAUUCCAUAUAUGCCACUUUAAGAAGCAGAUGCAGUUGCGUGGCGUCCCUCUGUUCACAUCGGUUGAAUCGAGAGCUUUCUGUACAUAGACCUGAGCAGUAUCCAACCCUCGGUAUCCGCACCGUUCAUGUACGGAGAAGGCUCGUCAGAUAAGCAUUCAGACAUCGUGGUAAUUUCCCAAGAUGCGCGAAUAGCGCCCCCCGGUCUGUGCUCGAAGCAAGUCAAUUGGGGACACGGAUCAGAUCUUGGCUCUAGCGCAGGGUCCUCCAACCCCUCCAAGCCCCUCUACCCAGCUCUCCAUCUUCUCGGCCGAACCUAUGAGGCAGUGAUGGUCUUUUCACCCCUUGUAUCAACCCUUUUAUCCAUCUUUCGUGUCUCUUUUGUCCGCUCCGAGUCGAUGGGAAGUGAAUUCUGCCAAACAAAAAAAGAGUUACCUGACGCUCGUUUUAAGGGUUGCCUCGCAUCCUCUAACGAUCUUAUCUUCCCCGGAGAGCGGGGAGGACCCCGAAAACAUUCCUGGGAGAGAAACCAACGUACAUACGACCCGCUCACCGGUCAGCUUCCAAAUUCGCCUUCUCACCAGGAGGCAUAGCCUCUGUAGAUCGGCUAUGGGUUGCGGGAGUUCGGCAAACCAUACCUUUCAGACAGCGGCAUGGGAAGACUAUUAUGCGCAG